AAUUGGUCUAAGGUUGAGUUUCGGAUGGAACCAGAAAUAUUUAGAGCUACAGCAAGAUAUCUUAGCAUGAAGAGUCUUCUAUGUGAUACGCGAGGUGUUGAUGUUGAGGAGCAAUUAGGAAUGUUCAUGCAUAUGAUUUCUCACAAUGCUAGCAAUCAAGACCUACAGAAUGCAUUCCAACAUAGUGGUGAAACAAUAAGUAGGAAGAUAAAUGAAGUUUUUCAUAUUGUCCCUACCCUAGCUGAGCGAUUUGUCAAACUUCCUGAUUCAACUCAUACCCAUAUGAAGAUUGCAUCAGAUCCUAGAUUUUGGCCAUAUUUUCAGAAUUGUAUGGGAGCUAUUGAUGGUACACAUGUCCCUAUAACUAUAGCUGAAGAGUUGGCCCCCCCUUAUCGCAAUAGGAAAGGAACCUUGUCACAAAAUGUGAUGUUGGCUUGCAACUUUGAUUUGAAUUUUACAUUUAUCUCAUGUGGAUAGGAAGGAUCUGCAUCUGAUGCUGGAGUAUUUCAAUCUACUCUUGUCAAGGGCUUUCGUGUCCCGGAGGGCAAGUUCUAUCUUGUUGAUGGUGGAUAUGCCAAUACUUCAUCCUGCAUUGCACCAUAUCGAGGAGUUCGGUACCACUUGAGUGAAUUUACAAGGCAACGACCAUCUCGAAGAAUUAUCUAUGCAGAUUACAAAGAGUUAUUUAACCAUCGGCAUGCAAUCCUUCGAAACCAUAUUGAGAGAGCAAUUGGGGUCCUUAAGAAGCGAUUUCCAAUUCUAAAAGUGGGAACACAUCAUACCAUAGAGAAUCAAGUUAAAAUUCCAGCAGCAACAGUUGUAUUUCACAACAUCAUCAGAGGGCUAAAUGGUCACGAGGGGUGGUUGGAUCAUCAACCUAUUUAUAUCCCAGAAGAAAACUAUGUCGAUCUUCCGAAUGACGAGAUAUAUCCCGAUGAUGUCAACUCAAUCGAUGGGAAUAAUCUUAGGGAUCAGAUAGCCAUUCAAAUGUGGGCCGACUAUAUUAGUUAGAUAAUUAUGUUUCUAGAAUAAUGUUUAUGUGUACUGGAUAAUUAUAUUGCUGUACUUAAUAU